UGGAGGGGAGGGGUCUCUCCCGGCUUGCCCCGCGGUGGAGUGGAGUGGAAGGCGACGGAGGGGAAGGGCACGGAGGUUCUCUCCCGGCAAGCCCCGCGGUAGAGGGAAGUGGAAGGCGACGGAGGGUCUCUCUCGGCGAGUCCCGCGAUGGAGAGGAGGGGGCCACAUGGGAGGGGACAGGAAGGCGAUGGGCCCAGUCUGUCCCAACGACGGAGGGGAGGGGACGGCGACGGAGUGAAGCGUAGGAUCUCUCUCUUAAGCAUUUGGGCAUCACUGGUUGUUGCUCUGACUGAGCAUCGAAGUUUCUCUGUACUCUGUAUUGCUUGAGCAUGGAAGUUCAGCACAUACCAGCUCAGCGUGUUUCUAGGCUGUACAUUCAUGCAUCCAAGGUUUGGUCCUCAGAUAAGAGAGCUUCAGUAGCAAAAAACAUUGUUUCUAGUCAUGUUUUUGUUACGAAGUCAUGCAGUAAUGAUGCUUCAAGGUUGACAUUCUGGCUGUCCAAUACAGUUGUCCUCAGGGAGAUAAUCUCAGAAUCUUUUGACAUUUCACAUCAAAUGACUCCAACCAUGACGACUAACAGCAUAAAUGAUGGUGCACAGUGCUUUGAUGGGAAAUCCAUGCCAAUGCUAUGGAAAAAUAACUCCAAUGGGAAGCAAACCAAACAUGUCCUGCAUAUACCAGAUGAUUGGAAGGAAACAAGUACAGUUUUAGCUGCACUAGAGAGUAUUGAAUCCUGGAUAUUUUCUCGGAUUGUCGAGACAGUGUGGUGGCAGGCAUUAACUCUUCACAUCCGCAGAAGGUUCCUCGACCCCAAAGGCUAGGAGAGUGUCAGGCCCUUCUUUGGGUGAUCAGCAGCAAGGCAACUUUUCUGUUAACUUGUGGAAUGCUGCAUUUGACGACGUGUUCAGCAGGAUUUGUUCAGCAGGAUUUGCCCCCUUCGUGCUGAUUGGCAUGAGUGUUGCUGUUCGCCAGUAUUGGAAAAAUUGGUGAUGGAGCAAUGUGUAGCCCGUUUAGAUGUUGCAAUGUUCUACUAUCGUCAGGUGACCGAGAGGACGGGGCCGUGACCUCCAGCAAUCCCCGCGGCGUGGGGAGGGACAACGGCAGCUGGCGCCUGCGACGGAGAGGACGGGGCCUGACCUCCAGCGAUCCCCGCCACGUGGGGAGGGGCGGCGGCGGCUCGCGGGGAGGUGCAGCGGCGACGGCUGGCGCCUGCGACGGAGAGGAUGGGGCCUGACCUCCAGCGACCCGGCGACGUGGGGAGGGGCAGAGGCUGCGGGCGCUGGUGUGUGAAGAAGGCCACGACGAGUCCAGAAUAGAGGAGUCGGCCAGAUUGAUUUGGUUGAUCAGCAACUUUUUAUUCUGAUUUGAUGAGUUGACAAAAUAAAACGUCCGUUAUAAUUGUUAUUAUUGCAUUAUAGAAGUUACACAAAAUUUAUCACUGAUGUAAUCAACGGUCACGAAAUUUUUGAUUAGACGGAACCUAAAUUUGAUUAGACGGAGCCUAAGUUCCGUGCCAAUCACUGUAAAA